CAUGUUUACGUUCCGAUUCGCUCAAUACACUGACCUCAAGAUGCUUGUUUUGCUUCAAAUUAUUCCCUUAAUGAUAAGUAUAUAGGAAAACUUUGUUUUUGAUUAUACGAUAGGACAUAGAUCAAAACAGACAGAAUAAUAUAAAUCUACUAGAUGAAAGUCUUAAGAUGCUUUGAGUGUUUGGGUGGCACCUGUGCCCAUCUGGACGUCAUCCGACCCUCUGGAGACUCCUAAUAAUGGUCGUGCUGUGAAAUAGUGAGUUAUAAAUCCUGUAAGUUCACCGGUGUAGACUGUUUAAAGGAAAUGCCACCAAACAAACGGAUACAGAAGAAAAUGCCGCUUGUGCUUGAGUGUGAGUGGGGCUCCUGUCAAGACACCUUCAGUAGGAUGGAGAACAUCUGUAAGCACAUGGAGACUCACCUGGGCACGUCGGACCCUUCGGAUGAUAGCGAUGAAAACGAAGCCGAGCAGAGCUGCCUUUGGAGACAUUGUGGAUUCUGCUCGGUAGACGUUCCCGAAGAGCUGCGGCGGCACGUUUUCUUCCACUGUUACCACACUAAGCUUAAGCAGUUGGGCCUGCAGGUGCUGACCUCGAACCCCAACAUGGGCACCUGCUCUAUAGGAUACCAGAACCGCAAUAUCGUCCCUGAAAUCCCAGACAAUUUCACCUGCCUUUGGGAGGAUUGCGAGCAACCCCCCUAUGAAAACCCUGAAUGGUUUUACCGACACGUGGAGCUGCACAGUCUCUGUAUGGACAUCCCCACCGGUGACAGUGAAUGCUUGUUACGCUGUGCGUGGAAAGAAUGUGAAGCGAGUGCCAAAGGGCGACCCAAGCUGCGGGAGCACCUGCGGAGCCACACCCAGGAGAAGGUGGUGGCGUGCCCGGGCUGUGGGGCCAUGUACGCCAACAACACAAAGUUCUUCGACCACAUCAAGCGCCAGAGUGCACUAGAAGGUCAGCGGUUCCAGUGUUCUCAUUGUUCGAAGCGUUUUGCAACAGAACGACUGCUGAGGGACCACAUGAGGACCCAUGUAAACCACUAUAAAUGUCCCUUAUGCGACAUGACCUGCCCGUCGCCCUCAUCCCUGCGCAACCACAUCAAGUUCCGCCACAGCAACGAGAGGCCAUACAGCUGUGAAUACUGCGAGUACAGUUGUAAAAACCUGGUGGACUUGCGGAAACACCUGGACACCCACACCAGCGAGCCGGCCUACCGCUGCGAUGCGGCGGGCUGCACGUACACGGCGCGUACCGUCCGCACCAUGAAGAUCCACUACAAACGAGAGCACGAGGGGGAUUUUGUGCCGCGCUACAAGUGCCACGUCUGUGACCAGUGCUUUACCCGAGGAAACAACCUCACGGUUCAUCUGCGGAAGAAGCACCAGUUUAAAUGGCCCUCCGGACACCCCCGCUUCCGAUACAAGGAGCACGAGGACGGCUUCAUGCGGCUGCAGCUGAUUCGCUACGAGAGCGUUGAGCUGACGGAGCAGCUGAUGAGGGAGCGGAACGGCGAGGAUGGGGAGGAGGAGGAUGACGACGACGAGGAAGAGGAGGAGGACGAGGAAGAGGAGGACACCGGGGCCCAGGCGGAGCCCCCCGGGCUGGGCCAGCGGGCGGGGGAGGCGGGGGGUCCCCUUGACAUGGAGCUGCAGCUGCGAGGGGUGCUGCUGGAGGAGCAGGGGCCGGAGGUGGGGCUGGAGGCCGUGGUAGGGCAGGGGGACAGUGAGGAGCAAGGGAUGUUCUACGUUCUGACCGGAGGUCUGACCCAGGAAGGGGAGGACGCCGUCAUGCUGCAGCUGCAGGACACAGCCAGUCAGCUGGGCAUGCAUGUGGUGUAAAGAACAGCCCAUCCUGGCUCCAGGACCAGAAGCUGUUCCCAGAAGGACCCACACACAUAGAAACGCUCCUGGACCAGAAGUUGUUCCUUACAAGACACAAACACGCACACACACUGGCUCCAGGACCAGAAGUUUUUCCAUGCAGGACUAACACACACAAAUUGGCCCCAGGACCAGAAGCUGGUCCUUGCCGGACACACACAACACAUACCACACCACGACAACACACACACACACUUGCUCUAAGACCUGCAGAGGAUGGCAUUCGUGAGCUCCAGGGCCAGAAACUGUUCAAGACAGGAUACGAACAGAACCUGGCUUCCACUGUAGCAAUACUUUCAUCUGGGAGCUGAGAGGGACUGUCGUGCACAUACUGUGCCCUCCAAGAGGGCUAGGCAAGACAGGUUUUUGUAUUUAUUUUUAGCUCAUUUGAAGGAGGAACACUCAGGAUUUGAAUAGAGUGCAAGGCACUUAAUUUAACAUUCAUUUGAAUUAUUAUCAUUUGGCCUUGUUUGAUUUGUUUUUUGAUAUGUCCGUUGUACUGAGUUUUCAGUGCCUAAUGUUAAACCUAUUUGUGCAAUAAAAACAUUACAAAAUAAAAUACUAAUCUUGCGG